CUCCGCCCGCGGGUUUUCCGCGGUGACGGGGGGCGGGACGGCGGGCGGGGCCCGUGACUAUUUCAGGCCGCGCCGGGCUCUGCCAGGACAGCUGCGCCGGUCCGACAACACCUGAGCCAGAGUGAUGCUGAAGAUGAUGACCACCUUCCAGGGCCUCCCGGGUGAGCAGCCUGUGCCAGGGCCUCUUGACUUCCCCAGAAGCCACCAGAAGCUGUCCUCCACAUCAGAGGGGGAGUCUGAGGCCUCCAUGUCACAGGCCUCCUCUGAGGACCUGGCGCCACCCCUGGAGAUGGUGGCAGCCCUGGAGAGGGAUGAGGAGGGGACUGUGAAAAAGGAGAAGAAGAAGUCGAAAGGGCUGGCCAAAAUGUUCAACGUCUUCAAAGGGAAGAAAAAGAAGAGUCAGCCUAGCCCAGUGGAGCAGGAGUCUGAGCCCAAGGCCAGCCCAGCGCUGGAUGGUGGGCUGCCCACAGUGGAGGAGCUGAAGGCGGACCUGGAGCAAGGGCGCCUGGAGGCUGCCCGGCCGCUGCUGGCCCUGGAGCGGGAGCUGCUGGAGGCGGCGGCGGCAGGCGGCGCGAGCGACGAGGAGCUGGUGCAGCGCCAGAGCAAGGUGGAGGCGCUUUACGUGCUACUGCGCGGUCAGGUGCUGGGCGUGCUGCGGCGGCCCCUGGAGGCGGCGCCCGAGCGGCUGCGCCAGGCGCUGGCCGUGGUGGCCGAGCAAGAGCGCGAAGACCGCCGGGGGGCGGCGGGGCCCGAGGGCUCGACGCUGGCCACCAUGCGCCCGCGGCGCUGGCUGCAGCUGUGGCGGCGCGGCGUGGCGCAGGUGGCCGAGGAGCGGCUGGGCCAGCCAGUGGCCGCUGGCGCCGAGGGCCGCUCGGAGGCGGAGCGCACCUUCCUGCAAAUGGGCCGCACCAUGAAGGAAGACUUGGAGGCCGUGGUGGAGCGGCUCAAGCCGCUCUUCCCCGCCGAGUUCGACGUGGUGACGGCCUACGCCGAGAGCUACCACGAGUGCUUCGCGGCCCAGGUGGCGGCCAUGGCGCAGUUCGAACUGUGCGAGCGCGACACCUACAUGCUGCUGGUCUGGGUGCAGAACCUCUACCCCAAUGACAUCAUCAACAGCCCCAAGCUGGCAGCUGAGCUGCAAGAGGUCAGGCUGGGGAGCCUCCUGCCCCCUGAGCAGAUCCAGCUGCUGGAGGCCACGUUCCUGUCCAACGAGGUGGCCAAUGUGAAGGAGCUGAUAGCCCGGGCCCUGGAGCUGGAGUCACAGCACUGGGCCAAAGAUGUGCCCCCACACAGGUUGGACGGCCACUGUCACAGCGAGCUUGCCAUCGACGUCAUCCAGAUCAUCUCCCAGGGUCAGGUGAAGGCUGAGAGCAUCACUGCGGACCUGGGCAUGCAAAUAAAGCAGGUGCUGCUGCUGGAGCUGGUUGGAUUCUUUAGGAGCUACCAGCGCGCCUUUGAUGAAUUUCUGGAAAGGUACAAACAGCUGAAAAAUUACAGGGCCAAUGUCAUCGCCAACAUCAACAACUGCCUGUCCUUCCGGAUGUCCGCGGAGCAGAGGUGGCAGACACUACAGGAUACCCACAGCCACCUACUGGCCCCACUGAAUGAGAUCAAGAGUCACGGUUUUGACUCCCUGCUCCAGAACCUGUUCUUGGACCUGAAGCCACUGUUCAAGAGGUUCACGCAGACCCGCUGGACGGCCCCGGUGGAGACCCUGGAGGAAAUCCUCACCACCGUGAGUGAGAGGCUUCCUGAGUUCUCAGAACUACAGGACUGCUUCCGGGAGGAGAUCAUGGAGGCCGUGCACCUGCACCUGGUGAAGGAGUACAUCAUCCGCCUCAGCAAGCGACGCCUGGUCCUCAAGACAGCCGAGCAGCAGCAGCACCUGGCGGGGCACAUCCUCAGCAAUGCGGACCUUAUCCAGCGCUUCUGCACUCAGAACGGCUCCCCCGCGGCCUGGCUGAGUGCUGCCCUUCCCAGGCUGGCUGAGAUCAUUCGCCUGCAAGACCUCAAUGCCAUCAAGAUCGAGGUGGCCACUUAUGCCACCUGGUACCCCGACUUCAGCAAAGGCCACCUGAAUGCCAUCCUGGCUAUCAAGGGGAACCUGUCGAGCGGUGAAGCCCGAAGCAUCCGGGGCAUCCUGGACAUCAGCACUGGGCCGCAUGAGUCUGCCCACCCCCUGUUUUCGCUCAUAAAGGUUGGUUAGCUUUUCCUGCAGCCCGACCUGCCUUGAACAUCUGUGGGCUCCGUGCACCACACCCAACUUGGGGCCACCUUUUGAGACCAGCCCUGGCUCGACGGCUCCUCACAGGCCUCUGCCUUCUGCUGCUGCUCCUGCUCAGCCCCGGCCACCAAGACACAGGCCCCUGGGUGGCUGGAAUGGACAGGUCCUCCUGCCUCUCCGUCCUGUGGGGGCAAGAGCACUCAUCGUGGGAAGCUGACAAGGCAACGCUGAAGAAAACAUUUUGUAAACUAUAGUUUAUUGUGCGUGCGUAAAAGGAGGGGGCUGGGAGGGAGAGUGUGGCCAGGGUUUAGAGACUCUGGCCACUUGCCAUCAUGGGGGCCUCCCAUGGUCUGCCUCGUAGUUGUCAUCCUCUUGGGUGGGUCUGAGUGUUCUUCCCAGCUCUCUGGGGCUGGGGCCGAGCCUCAUCAACCUGCCUCCUACGGCCCAGGGCCAAGGUGAGCUGGGCUCAGCAAGUCUGUGGAUUGAAGGCAUGAGUGGAAGAGAAAGGCAGAAGAGAUGAGCUCUCACUGGGGCCUGCAGAGGUCUUCAGAUGUCCCACAGGGUGGCAGGGGUUUGUGAGGUCACAGAGCGAGCCCCCCUCCAGACUGCCCCUGGAGCUCAGGCUGCCCCCUCUGCAGGCCUCCCCCCACCCAAUGCUCUCCUCCACCAUGGGUGGUCCCAGGUGACCUUGGCAUCUACCACACCUGGGCCAGGGACUACACAGGGACAGGCCCCAGAGGUGCUCUAUGGGCCCUGCCACUAAACACUCGCUCCUCCUGUAAUCUUGGCUGAGGCCUGGGCCAGGAGAGGGCAAGCUCGCCUUCUCAUCCCUUGGGCUCUGUAUGAAUUUUUUGUUGCUGCUGCUACGAAUGACCACAGACUUGGUUUAAAACAAAAGCUUAUUGUCUUACAAUUGGGAGGUCAGAAGUCUGAAAUGGGUCUCACUGGGCUAAAAUCAAGAUGUCAGCAGGGCCGCUUCCCGUCUGGAGGCUCUGGAGGGUAGUCCAUUUCCGUGCCUUUUCCAGCUUCUAGAGGCUUCCCGCAUUCCUUGGCUCAUGGCCCCUUUCCAUCUUUAAAGCCAGCAAUGUGGGUGCAGUCCUCACUCUGCUGUUUCUCUGGCCCCUUCUACUUUUAAGGAUCCUUGUGAUUACAUUGCGCCCUUCUGGAUAACCCAGGGUCAUCUUCCUGUUUUAAGGUCACCUGGGUUGUUGUUGUAAGGUGCCAUUGAGUGGAUUCCAACUCAUAGCCAUCCUAUAGAACUGCCCCAUAGGGUUUCCUAGGCUGUUUUUUUUAAUCUAUAUGGGAGCAGAUAGUUGUUCUUUUUUUUUCUGUUGUUGUUUUUUUAGACCAUGGAGCCGUUGGUGGCUGAAUGGAUGACCCUUUGGGUAGCAGCUGAGUGCUUAACCAUUGCACCACCAGGGCUCCUUAGUCACCUGAUUGGCAACCUGAAUUCCCCCCUGCCAUGAAAUCUAAUAUAGCCACAGUUCUGGGGAGUGGGACGUGGACGUCUUUGUAGGCUGUCAUUCUGCCUACCACAACCUUGAUCCCUCCCCUGCCCUGGGGCCCCUCAGGUGGGGCACAGGAUUAGGGACCCCUCCCAGGCCUCUGCUUACCCCCAAGGUCCUGCUUGUCCCUGGGGGACAGUUUAUGCCCUGGAGGGAGCCGUGGGGGCUUUGGAGCCAGAGCUCUUAGCUCUGCCCCCUCUUCCCGGUACUGUCUUUCAAAACCUCGGUCAGGAACUGGCCCAUGUAAGUGGUGCACAGAUGCCUUUGUACAUUUGUAAGGAGUUCUUGUGUUUGAUGUAAUUAAUAUUAUUUUUUGAUAGUGCUGCUUUUAUAUGAGUGUACUCAGGAUGGAACCUGGGUUUCUACAGCUUGAUAUAAAGCUGAUUUCAAAAGUG